AUGCCUCGUGAGGUCUCGUUUAGAGUGAAGACCGCUCCGGCUAACCCUGCCACACCGAUGGUUGCCAAGUUCGAAUCAAGCCGACCCCAUCCUGGCCUUACUCUUUUGCCACAUUGGCUCCGCUAUCUAUACUCCAUCCUUGUCAUUGCCAUGUCCGCUGUUGACAUUGCCUUUGUUAUCAUGCCUGGAGAGAUAUUCUACGCCGUCAUGCGCAUCGUCUUUACCCUAUUCCUACAUCCCCUAGAACCCCGCACUGAAAUUGGAAUAGGAAUACUGGCGGAUAUCGUCUAUGGCGUCGUUUACAUUGUCUGGGGCUUCACCAAGCCCAUUGAGUUAAAUAGCGCUAUUACAUACCUGAAGGAGAGGCAGUUAACACUAUGUAUUGUCACGGCAUGUUUGCACUUCGGAGUAGCCGUCAUCGGGCUUUGUUUCCGAUUCUACGAUGGAUACCUGCUGAGACAGCGGAAGAAACAUAAUGCCCGAUUGUAUCAGGCUUACGACAUGACUCAGAUUUAG